GUUGGAUCCAGAUCAUCGAAAAGUAUCGCCGAUUGACCCGGGCGCCCCAUGAGCCAUGCCGUCGAUGUCUUCGUCCUCAACCGGGGUCGAGGACUUCUUGACCAGAGAGGAGUUCUAUGAACGGCUCAAAGCAGAGACCGAGGAGAUUCGGAAAGCGCAUGAUUCAGCCAUGCAAGCUGAGAGGCAAGCCUGGCAAGUACAGCUCGAAGCGAAUGGUGGACGAGUUGAGGUCCGCGAAGAGGAGUCCUGCAAUGAUCGGGCUCGCUUGCAACACGAGAUUGCCAGAUACCUUCGGCAGGCGGAGUGUCAGGAGACCCCUUACAGCGCCGCCGCAGUCGCCAGCAUCUCCGAGCUUUUGAGCAGCAUCCAAGCGCUACAAACACAUUGCAACCGGAAAUACUCCAUGAUGUUUGCGAACUUCUGCCCCAAGGGCCUCAACGGCAAGGAGUAUCCCCUGAGCGUGCAUCCGGCGGCGGAAACGGUGCAGGAGGUGAAACGGAGAUUGCGACAACUCUAUUGCAAGACCUGUGAGGUCAAGCUUUGUACCUCAGAUGGACAUGUGAUGGAGGAUUCCAAGAAGCUCAUGGAGUUUGACCUUGAUCAAGAGUUUAGCCUCAUUUUGGUCGAUGUGCUUCGUGAUCAGCAGCUGCUCCAACUGUCCUUUGAUCCCCAGAACUUGCCACAUGAAGCGGUCAGUGGCCAUCCCUGCACCAUCCUCAACGACCAGCAUGUCAAGGCGGUGGAGAAGAAUGGAAGGAUUGGUGUCAACAUUACCGAGACGGGGUGUCUGAUACUGCCUGAGCCGGUGAAGCUGCAAGAUAAGGGCUGGACCAUCUCUACAUGGAUCUGGGCGCCUUUGGAGGCUUCGCCCCACAAACGGCAUUUGCUUGAUGGGAAGAAUGCUAUGGACUUCGUGGUGGUGGCCAUCUCACGUGGGCGGCUGGUGAAUUGGAAUGGAGGGAAUUUCCUGCGUGGUUUUAACAUCUCCUCGCUGGCGGAGGGAUGGCACCAUUUGGUCAUCGUCAGCCAUGGGAUCCACACCUUCGGCCUCGCGGGCGAAGAUGCCAACAAGACCAGCUUCUACCUCAACGGGAAGAAGCUGGGCUCCAAGUCAGGUGCCGCCAGUGGCACCGUUUGCGUGGUGGGAAAUUCCAAGGGCGACACCAAAGCCUGGGGGCACCUCUCCGAUUUGCAGAUCUUUGACAUGCCCGCAGACCUUCUGCAGAUCGAGGGCUUGUACCAGCAGGGUGGCGGAGUCAUCGAGCGGGAUGCGAGUUGGGAGACCGAGAACCCCACAGAGAACGCCCGUGACCGCUGGUCUGACGAGAGUAUCAGCAGCUAUUCCUCGCUGCAGAGUUACAUGGAAAGCUACGAUUCGGAGACCGAAUCAGAUUGGACGGGCUGAACGAUCAGCUCCGUGUCGGUGAGGAAGGUAUUUAACGAAUUUAAAUGAAUUUAAAGCUUUUUAAAACCAGUCAACUUUCCCGGAGCGCAGGAGGACCGACAACGGGACGACUUGAAUGGG